CACUGCAGGUCCUUUUCAUCCCGCCUUCUAUCUUCUUCCAUUCACACUUUCUGCAAGCUAGCUAGAGUACCGGCCCACAUUCCAUGCCAUCAAGUGCUUGCAAUCGGCCUAGAUUACAAUUGUACUUUGCCCUUAGAAAAUGGAUCCAGGACAUGAUUGCAGUGCACUUAUAGUAGAUAGAUAGACAGAUUUGGUGUGGGCUAUAUAGAGUUAUAGACUGCUAGAGCUAGCCGGAUUACAAUAUAAAUAGCAGUUCAUAUGAGCGUGCGCAUAUACAUACAUGUGCUCUGCUCUGCUUGCUGUCAAGAGUCUGUGCUCAUCUCUAGCUAUCUAUAAAGAUCCUUUUCACCUUCUUUGGUCCACACGCAUACAACAUAUAUACACGAUCGGUCGAUCGGUGGACCAGUUAGCACCAUUGUUUCCCCUCUGUGAAGAUCAGCUGUGGCCUCCACACAUGCAUCUACUAGUAGUAAGUUGAAAAGGUUGUGCUCUUGAUUUCAUUUCAGAAGACAUCGAGCUAGCUUGCUACCAGGCAGAAAGGUAGAUGCUAGUAAUGGAGCAUCAGCAGGAGGAGUCGUGUGUUCCCCCGGGGUUCAGGUUCCACCCCACAGAGGAGGAGCUGGUGGGGUACUACCUGGCCAGGAAGGUGGCCGCCCAAACGAUUGACCUCGACAUCAUCCAGGAGGUCGAUCUCUACCGCAUCGAGCCAUGGGACCUCCAAGACAGGUGCGUCGGCGGCAAGGGAGGACGGGGAGCGCGUCAGGUAGCGGAGGACGAGCAGUCAUCGUCAGAGUGGUACUUCUUCAGCUUCAAGGACCGCAAGUAUCCGAGCGGCACGCGCACCAACCGCGCCACGGCGGCCGGGUUCUGGAAAGCCACCGGCAGGGACAAGCCGGUGACGUCGUCCAGGAGCCGGGGCGUCAUCGGCAUGAGGAAGACGCUCGUCUUCUACCAGGGCCGCGCCCCCAAUGGUAGGAAGACCGAUUGGAUCAUCCACGAGUAUCGCCUCCAGACAAGCGAGCACGCACCCACACAGGAGGAAGGUUGGGUGGUGUGCCGGGCGUUCCAGAAGCCCACCCCGAACCAGAGGCCGUCCUACAUCUUCCCUGCAUACGCCGACGCGCGGCCGUGGCUGCACAUCCAAGGCGGCGGUGACCUCCAUUACCUGCAGAGCGGCACUGGUGCGGCCGGCGGCCUCGGCUUCCCGAGCCAGGACGUCAAUUACUCCUCCGAGGACCUGCUGGACUCCAAGCAGAGUCUCUUCGGCAAUAUCCCGCAGCUCAUCGAGAGCCCGCCGGCGACUGCCCUUCUAGGCUGCGGCGACGAUGCCGUCCUCCAGCAGCAGGGACAGGGACAGGCGGCGGCCGGCAUCGACUGGAACUUCCUGGACAGCUUGCUGUCCACGUCACAGCUCCACGUCACAGCGUCACAUCUGCACCUAGAGCAAUGAAGUAGAUCCAGUUAGCUGACAUACCGUAGCAGCAUCGAUUUCAUUGUAUACAUGAUUUCGUAGUAGAUGAUGUCCGGGACACUUGGUUGCCACUUGUACCUAGCUAGACUAGUCUGUUCCACUUACUGAAUCUAUGUGCUUCACUGUAGACUACUCUGUUUCACUUUGUAAAUUUUAGGGACAGUUGAUUUAUCGUACGCAUGAUUUGCUAAUAGUAGUCCACUACUGCGGA